AUGACCAAAUCCAUGCUUUCUGUCGCUUUGUUGGCUUCCUACCUAUCAAUCGCUAGCGCGGCAACAUGCUACGCAGUCGGCUACAUCGACACCAACUCCGCCAUGGUGGUUGGUCCCUUAACCAAUUCAAACGGCGUUUACGUCUACGACGCAGACGACAACAAGAUCGGUACAGGGUCCACUGAAAAAGGCGCUUGCACUGAUCUCGACGAAAUUGAGCUGGACGGGUUUGAUGAUACGUUUGGCUGGGCUGCUAGCUGUAAUGCCAACAGUAUUAAGUAA